GGGCGGGCCUUGGGGGCAGGGCCGCGGGCGAGCCGCAGCUGGAGCGCCGGCGUCGCAGCUGGGGUCUCGCGCUCCUCACGGCUGCUGUGCUGCAGCCGCCGGCGGAACAUGGCGCCGGGGCGGUUCUGGCGCUGCUGCCAGCGCGGCGUGGGCUGGGUGCCCGUGCUGUUCAUCGCCUUCGUGGUGGCCUGGUCCUACUACGCGUACGUGGUGGAGCUGUGCGUGUUUACUCUUUCUGGAAAUGGAGAAAACGGAAAGGCCGUUGUUUACCUCGUGACUUUCCAUCUGUCCUUUGUUAUGUUUGUAUGGUCCUAUUGGAUGACAAUUUUUACAUCUCCCGCUUCCCCUUCCAAAGAGUUCUACUUGUCCAAUUCUGAAAAGGAACGUUAUGAAAAGGAAUUCAGCCCAGAAAGACAACAAGACAUUUUGAGAAGAACAGCAAGGGACUUACCUAUCUACACCACAUCAGGCUCCAGAACCAUCAGAUAUUGUGAAAGAUGUCAGUUGAUUAAACCUGACCGUGCGCAUCACUGCUCAGCAUGUGACAUAUGUAUUCUUAAGAUGGAUCAUCACUGUCCUUGGGUGAAUAACUGUGUGGGAUUUUCUAAUUACAAAUUCUUCCUGCUGUUUUUAUUGUAUUCCCUACUAUAUUGCCUUUUCGUGGCUACAACAGUUUUACAGUACUUUAUAAAAUUUUGGACGCUUUGCCGCAGGAAGUCUACAGAGAGUUGUCCACAGAAUGAACUCCCAGAUACACGUGCCAAAUUCCAUGUACUUUUUCUUUUCUUUGUGUCAACAAUGUUCUUUAUCAGUGUCCUGUCACUCUUCAGCUACCACUGUUGGCUGGUUGGAAAAAACAGAACAACAAUAGAAUCAUUCCGUGCACCCACAUUUUCAUACGGACAGGAUGGAAAUGGGUUCUCUCUUGGAUACAGUAAAAAUUGGAGACAAGUCUUUGGCGAUGAAAAGAAAUAUUGGCUACUUCCAAUAUUUUCAAGUUUGGGUGAUGGUUGCAGUUUUCCGACUCGCCUUGUAGGCAUGGAUCCAGAGCAAGCUUCUGUUACAAACCAAAAUGAAUAUGCCAGAAGUAUUGGCUCAAAUCAACCCUUUCCUAUCAAACCGCUUAGUGAAUCAAAAAACCGAUUGCUGGACAGUGAAUGUCAGUGGACAGAGAAUGGACCUGAGGAAGGCGCUGUCAGAUCAGGAAGCCUUUGUACAGAACUCGGAGCCCACAGAAGCCCUUCUGCAGAGCACGAAGAUGCCUUCAUCUUAAAGAAGCCCAACAAGGCUUACAGCUACAAGAGUGACUUCACACAUUGUUUGCGGGAAACGAGUAAACUCGUCGUAUAGAGAAAAAUGCCCGCUUACAAAGUGUUCAUUUACUUUGCAAAUAACACUUGCCUGUCGUGAGAUGCUAUAAUGAGCUGUUAGAUCACAUGUUCACAUGGCAUAUGUACUUUUUAAUACCUGCGUUACAUUACCAGAGUUGUUUCUUAGUGUCCAUAUAAAUUUUCACUCCUGAAACAAGCUGAAAACUUGCCUAAGUGAAGUACUUCUAGGGCAGGGUGGUGGCUGGAAGUGAGUCCAAAUUACUGCUGCUGAACUGUGUAAGGAAAAUAACUGCUUUUCUAAAAAUUGGGUGUUUGCUAAUUUAUAAUUACUGUUUUAUACUUUCCAACAUUUUUAAUAAAGAUUUUAUAUUAUUGGCUAUACAGUAACACUCAAGGAUUAAAAUAUCUAAAUGAUUUAAAACAUGGAGCACAUUUGUAUAAUUCAUUGAAGGCUUAGUAUAGUGGUGGGUCCAAGGUUUCAUGGAAACUUGGCAGUAUAAGAGAUAUUUAUGUUUCUGCUUUUAAGUUACUUUUUUGUUGAAUUUUUAUGAGUGUAUGGGCGGGGGAAACACAAAGGUAUACGUGCUAUGGAAAUAUUGGACACAAUAGGAAUAGGUAGAAGUGGCUAGAAGAAAAGUAAAGAGAAAGAUAGGCAGGCUAUUACAAGCUGUUAAAAAUAUUUUAGUUCUAAGGUAUGUAGGAUCAAAUUUCAAUUUAGGUAUUGAUGAAAAAUUACUUUGAAACUUUUACAGUAAUCACUUAACACCUUAGUAAGUGACUUGAAAUGAAAUUUGAACUAGGGUGGAACUGUUUAGCAUAAUACUGCUCUCAGGAAAGAAAUUCUAACCUGAGAAGUCAUUUAAAACUUCAGUCUCAGCCUUGCAGGGGUCCCGAAAGACACCAUGCAGCCCUGCUUUCCCCUGUUGCUUUUUCUGCAAGAUUCAUGGACGUGUCAGCUCUCAUGUGGAAUACUUCCAAGCAUUUUUCUAUCAACCAAAAUAUUAGAAAAAUUAGAAUGGCAUAUCCAUUUAUUUUUUUAACUGUCAUUUGUAUUUUAUUCAAAUCAUAUUUUAGGUUCCUCUCAAAAAAACCCUCAAAAAAAGAAACCCCCACAUGUAUCUUUGUGUUUCCCUGCCCAUGUACUCAUAAAACUUCAACUGGAUUCCACUCUUAAAUGCAAAAUAGUAAAUCUGACCUCCUAACGGCAAUCUCUUUCUCCCCAGACAUAUACUCUCUUUUCUUUUUGAAAUCCAGUCUAAGUGGCAAGAAUUAUUGCAUUAAUUAUAAAGAAAAAUAAUACAGUAUCUUAUAAAGGAGAAACAAUGUAGAAAUGUCAAUCCUUGUUUAUACUUUUUAGUCAAAUAUACACACACAGGCCAAAAUGAUUUAUUUGCUUCUAGUAGUGGAUAGAGACAAAUUUUAACCAGCAUCUAUUAAGUAUCAAGGGUUAUAGUUUUCCUAUGUGUAAAAUGGGGUAUGGGGAGGGGUAUUAGGAAUGAGUUGGACUGGAUGACUUCUAACAUUCUUCAGUUUCUAAUUUUGCAAAAUACCUUACUUUUUAUUCAUCCAACAAAUAUUUUUGGAGUACCUGCUGUACACCAAACAACAUACAAGGGAUAGCUCUAAUUUCUAAUGUUUAUUUUGUUUUUGUUUUUUGUUUGUUGUUUUUUUUUUUAGCUGAGCCAUCCUGCCACCUGUUGGCAGCUCAGCGGCAGCUCAGCUCGGGCCGUGUCUAAUUUCUAAUGUUGCAUAGAUUUUAUAGUCAACUGUUCCAGGGUUAGAAUUUGUAGAAUUUGUCUAAUUCCAUUGGCUAAUACUAAUAUUAGAUUUUAAAAGGAAUUAACUUUUCUUCCCUUUGAACCAAAGGAAUGCAUUAGCUUUGAAAAUACAGUUUGAAAAACUAGAAUAUGGAUUCGUCUACCUUUAUUUUAACUCUGUAGCUUAAUAAUCUUGAUUCUAGGAAACCUUUAAGCAUAAAACUCCUUAAGGGAUAUCAGUUACCACUGAAAAAACUUUAGUUUGGCAGCUUGCAUGUUAUAAGGAAAUAGGGUUUAAACUUACUCCUUUCAGAAAUGUUCGCCAGGUACUUUUUAUGAGUAUUUAUACAUUCAGAUCAAAGGAUAUACACUCACCUGAUUAAGCACUGAGGAAACACAAUUUUCCCCUUGAACAUAUUCAGGCACUUUGGUGGUAUUGGAAUCUUUCUCGGUUCUUUUCAUUCCUCUUAUUUAACAUCAUCUUUAAUAGCAUAGUAAACACUUUUCCGACAUUUUCAGUGAAAGCCUUUUGUUUUGGUUACGUUUGGUUUAAUUUAUGGCCAACAUUUUGCCAUGUUCUGAAUACUAUUUGACUGGGUUUACUCAUCCAUAUUGCAGACUGUUGAGCAAGGGGAUCACGGUGGUGUGGGGGUCAGGAAAAGGCUGCCUCUGCUCUCUCAGCUGGUAUGGAUUAGCCAGCAGCCUGGGGAGAAAGGUGAAAAUGAAGCCCUGUGAGAAUUUAUUGGUACUGUCUUUGGUCCUUCAAACACUUGAACAGAUGUGAUGAUAUUUAAGGUCUUGCCAUUGCCAUUAAAAAACAAAUGUAGGCAGGAGAUGGGUUUUCCCUGGGUACAAACUUACUUGAAUAUUUAGUACCUGAGGCAUCUGGCCAGUGUCACUUCGCCAAACCAAAGAGCAGCUGUGGUAGAGUAGUUAGUUACUAAACAGGAACACGUUUACAGAGUUCAGUCAUCUUUACAUAUGGAUGAUUUUUUAAUCUUUUUUGCAUAUUUAAUGAUAUGAUUCAUUGUGUCAUAAGUUAAUUUAAGGUUAGUUUAAAUCAAAUAUGCAGAGUUUACUUGAGUUUUAUUUCUAUUUGUAUGCAGAUUUUGACUUUGUUUACAGGAUUGUUUAAAUUCAAGAUCGUCAAACAUGAGAGAUUUUCAUUCAGUAACCUUUAAAGCAAAUGUAUAUUAAGGGCUUGGUGUUAGGAUCUGCAUAUUUGGAGCACUGAAUACACAGUACUUACAAAUAUGUGUAGCUUACAUUUUGUUCUAGGACUAGCACUGCUAUCAAUGGAAAGUAUUUUUAACCUGUUAUUAAGAAAUUAAUCAUAUUUUUGCAUUUCAGCCAACAUAAAGAAUAUACCUAAUAAUCUGUAAGGUGCAGGAAAUACACAAGCCUGAAAUCCGUGUGUUUCAUAUAAUCUGAACUGUAUUUUCCAAUUUAAAUUAAAAAUGCAGUAUAGAUUCAGAAAGGUCCAUAUUUUUCUAACAAGUUCACUUUAUAUCAUUUUGUUGGGUUAUAUAAAGAAGCAAGGAUUUGUAUUAAAACCUUGAGAAAGCUAUUAUUCAAGUUUAUUAUAUUUGUACAUGAUUGCAGAUGAGUAUGCCCACUUAAAAGAUGGAUACUAUUUUAAAGUGAUCUUUAAUAUGUUUUUAUAUAAACAUUUGAAAUACAUUGUACUUUGGUUGUCUUUACUUAUUAAGUCCCAUAGUCUCGUAUUUGUUUCUUAUAGGUAUAACCCUGAACCAUGACUUAAUGUGAAUUCUUUGCUUUGUCUUUUGGAUGGCCUAACCUACAUUAACAUGAAGGCUGAACAUUUUAAACUUUUUUUUCAAAAAUCACAAUUACUUUAUUAAUAAAUGAAAAUUAAGUCCUGUA